AUGGUGGCGACGGGCGUCGCGUCGGGCGAGUCGGCCUACUUCCGGGACCCCUGGAACCGCUUCGACUUCGUCACCGUCGUCUGCGGCUGGCUCCCGCUCGCGAUCGAGACGGCCUACUGCGCGGCGUCCCUCGACGGGUCCUGCUUCGCCGUGGAGGAGGGCGGCGGGCCCAACCUCACGUUCCUGCGCGUCGUGCGCGUCGUCAAGGUGCUCAAGACCGUGCAGCGCAUGCCCGGCAUGCGGUGCCUCGUGCUCUCGCUCGUCAAGUCGACGCCGCUCCUCAUCCAGGUCAUGGAGGUGCUCCUCUUCAUCUUCUUCGUCUUCGGCGCCAUCGGCGUCCAGCUCUUCAUGGGCAAGCUGCGCCAGCACUGCUUCGACGAGGCGUCGGAGACGCUCGUGUCGUCCGAGGGCGUCUGCUCCGAGGAGACGGGCGCGCUCGGCGGCAACGCGUGCGGCGACGGCCAGGCCUGCCGGGACCGCGACUACGACGGGAGGCCCAACGACCGGGACACGACGCUGAACCGCUACAUCAGCUUCGACAACAUCCUCCUCGGCUUCGCGACGGUGCUGACGACCGUGAGCCUCGAGGGCUGGUCGAGUACGCUCUAC